AUGACCCUGGGGCUGUCCGCCAGCCUCGGAGGCCCCCUGCUCCUGGCAGGCAAGGCUGCCACCGACCGGUUCCCCGCAGAGAUCGCGGCCGCCAUCCGUGCCGGCCGCAUCUCCCAGGAGGUCCUGGCGCGGUACCUGGACAUGCUGAAGAACCCCUUCCUGUCCUGGCUCCUGUCCUUCCCCGGCGCCCGCGCCCGCCUGCUGGCUGACCCCAACUUCCUCUUCAAGGUGGGCAUCGAGCUCGGCAUCGGCCUGACCAUGAAGCUGACCGCGGAGUACACCAAGCGCGGUGACGAGUUCCAGUCCCAGCUCGACUUUGUGCUGGCCAACGUCAUCAUGGCCCUCAUUGCUGACUUCAUGCUGGUCUGGCUGCCGGCGCCCGCCUACAAUCUCACCGGUGCGGCCCCGCAGGCCACCGGCGCACUGUCGCGCCUCUUCUCCGGCUGCCCGGAGAACGCCUUCCAGCGCGUGCAGCCGGGCAACCCGCGCUUCUCCCUGCUCCAGCGCGGCGGCGCGGUGGUUCGCAACGGCUCCAAGCUGGCCGCCGUGGGCUUCUUUGCCUCCCUGCUUGGCGUGGGCGUGACCAACGGCAUGGUGGCGCUGCGCACCUCGCUGGAUCCCACCUUUGUGCCGCUCAAUGCGCCCCAGGACGUGCUGACCAUGGCCGGCGCGUACGGGCUGUACAUGGCCAGCUCGGCCAACCUGCGGUACCAGGUUCUGGCGGGGCUGGUGGAGGAGCGCGGCAUCGAGACCUUGUUCCACGGCAAGCCCGCCGUGUGCGCCGCGCUGUCCUUUGCAGUGCGUACGGGCAACACCUUCCUGGGCUCCAUGCUCUGGGUGGACUUCCUGCGCCUGCUUCACCUCCAACCAAAGGCCUCCUCCUGA